AUGGUUUACAUUUGUAUUAAAAAACCAUUUUUAGACAAAUCACAUAAUAAUAUAGUUUUGUUAUAAGAACUGCUACAUACCUUAGUAAUUGCUACUUUAGGUGUUAUUUUAGCAACAAAUGAUACUUAAAAUCCUUAAAAUGCUUCUUAGCUAUCUCAAAGUAUGCACUAAACUUUACUAAUAUAUUUAAUUGCAACAAUCAAAUAAACAAAUCAGAGAAAAAAAGCACAAUAUAACAAUUAUUGA